AUGGCAGCCAACAAAAUCGUACCGUCACGGACGGCGUUACUGCUCCUCGAUCUGCAGGUCAUGUAUACGAAGAUGGACCCGAAAUUCGAAGCGGUCGUGACGCACACGGCUCCCAUCAUCAAGGCGGCCAGAAGCCUCGGCAUCACCAUCGCCCACUGCCGCGUCGCCUUCACCGAGUCCGAGGCAGCAGCUGUCCCAGACACGAACGCGACGUUCUCGAGACUCAAGCACGACCCGUCGCGUGCGGCUUCGUACGGCGUCGACUCGCCCCCGGCCGCCUUCCACCCCGACGUGGCGCCCGAGGAGGGUGACAUAGUCGUUAGGAAGCAUCGCGUGGGCCCCUUCUUCAACGCGCCGCAAGAUGUCCAUGCCAUCUUCAAGGGACGUGGGAUCGACACGUUGAUCUUGGGGGGCAUUUCCACCGGCGGCGCUGUGGCGGCCACGGUGGUGCAGGCAGCGGAUUUGGAUUACCGGCUCUUCGUGCUGAGUGAUGCUUGUGCCGACCGCGAGCAGGAAACGCAUGACUUUUUGCUCACGUUCUUUGCAAAGAGGGGUACCGUGAUCAACAGUACCGAACUCAACAGUCUCAUCGGGGGCUGA